UGUGGCUGCCUGCAGGCAGCUGGACUGUCUGCAGGAGGCAAAGGAGCGGAUAUUGCCGUUUGAAACAAAGGAACGGCAACAACCUGUGGAGGAGGCACAGAGAGAAUCGGGGCAGGCAAAGAAACAGGUUGCUGAUCCCCGGACAAGUGACGAUGCAGCGGAUGUCGUCGGCGAUACACAACAAGAGUAGUGGUGUUGCAAACAGAAGCUGAACUUGUACCUAGCAACGAAGGUGGAAAAUGGGAACAAUGGAAACCAGAGAGUCUUUUCGCAAGCGAGACCGUGGAGGAGAUGGGGAUGGUGAGGAGGACCGCACCUGUCUACGGCCAAGCACAGACAAAGAUGAGAGGGGGGUGCAUCGGGCAAGAUUUUGGAGCAAAGGACGUGGGCGUUGGAGAGAUUGUGAUGUUCUUUGCAUUGGAGAUGCAGGACAGGAAGUUGUAGCAGUAAAAACUAAAGUAGGGGGAAUUACCGUUAGGGAUGUUAUACUGAAAACUGCAGCAGUGGAAACCGCAGCACUAGAAACUGCAGCAGCGGAAACUGAAGCAAUGGAAACUGCAGCAGUGGAAACUGGAGCAAUGGAAACUGCAGCAGUGGAAACCGCAACAGUGGACACUGCAGCAGUGGAAACUGGAGCAGUGGAAACCGCAAUAGUGGACCCUGCAGCAGUGGAAACUGCAGGAGUGGAGACUGCAGCAGUGGAAACUGCUGUAGCAGCAGAUGAGCAAGCAGGGGCAGGACGAAAGCAUCGUGGCGGCGAAGAAGAAAUUUGAUGAUACAAGGACCAUCGCAGCACGCGUCGGAACCACUGAGAGAGACGCGUCACAUGCGUAGGAUGGCGACGUUGGUGGGAGCGCAUGUAGCAGGUCCACCCCUUAGCAAGGGUUGGUGGGGAAUGCCCAUGCGAAAGCAUACGACGAGUAAGUGUUGUUGCCGCAGUUCGAAAGUCCUGCCAAUUGUUACAGAUUUGUUCAAAUCUGGUCAAUUGCCCAGUGAACACACCAGCCGGUUGAUGGGAAGGGAUGUUGGAGGUCACACUUGGAUAACGAAUGACAGGGAAGUCCCAAGCAGCCGCUUUAUCAAAGACGCUCAUGAGAAGCGAGCCCUCGGAACGGACCGUAGAUGCAUACCUAAAAAGGUACAGGAGCCAUCUGUAGCUGUAAUCUCCUUCCACUCAAGCCCAUAGUGCUCUCGUGGAGGAGGUAAUUGUCCCCAUGACAGAACAUCAUCAAUGAGGCAAUAGGUGAAGGCAUAUUGUUGAGCAGCUUGAAGAUCAUGUUGACAAAUGUCAUCAACAAAGCGUGCUUCAUCCCAAUACAGCAUCAGAUUAGAAAUUUCUGGGCCAGCAUUAGUUCCCAUUGGAAUACCGAUAAUUUGUUUCCGAAGCGUGCCAUCUCUAGUGUAUAGAAAAGUGUUUUCUAGUAAAUUUGUACAACAAAG